AUGUCUUGUUUACCAGGCUUGGGCCCAUGGCUGGUCCUCUUGCUGGCCUUACUGUCGUGCUUGGUGGCGGCAGACUGCGAAUGCGGCUUUGUCCAAGACCUUCCUCCGGCAGAGGGGGCUGGAGGCAAAGAUGGAAGCGCAGACGGCCGCCUGCUGUUCACCAACAUGAUGGAGAGCAAGUUCUUUGAGCUGCGAAACAUCUCGCGGGACGGCAACUGGAAGCGGCAGCAGUACAAUGUCUCGGCGCGGGCUGGCCGGGGCGAGUACGGCAAGGCGUUUGCCGUCCAGAACGUCUACACGGUUGCUGCCGACGGCCACGGCGAGAGCGUCGACGACGCGGAUGCCGGGCCUGGCGAGGGCAUCGCGCUGGUGGUGGGCAGCACGCUGGUGGACGACGAGGCGGUUCCGGUGGCGGAGCUGGCGUCGGCGAGGAAGGACAUGUUCUUUGGCUCGUAUCGCGCGGGCAUGAAGCUGACGCCCGUCAACGGCACCUGCGCGGCCUUUUUCUGGUACUUCAAUGACACCCAAGAGAUUGACAUGGAGUUUCUGUCGCGCGAGUUUGACGCCAGCAAGAAGCUGUAUCCCGUCAACCUCGUCAUCCAGUCGGAGGCGUCGCGGCAGGCGGGCUACGAUGCGUCCAAGACGGGCACCUUCAAGGUGGUCAACCUCACGUUUGAUCCCACCGAGGGCUUCCACGAGUAUCGCUUUGACUACCUGCACAACCGGGUCCUGUUCUAUGCCGACAGCAAGUUGUUGGCCGAGAUGAACGGGACGUCGGUGCCCUCGGGCCCCGGCCACGUUAUUCUGCAGCACUGGAGCAACGGCAACUCCAAGUGGUCGGGAGGCCCUCCGAAACAGGAUGCCGUCAUGACCGUCAGCUACGUCAAGGCCUACUUCAACUCGUCCGACGCGCAACUGCAGUCGACCUUUGCCGAGGCCUGCCAAAAGGCGCGCGAUGACGAUGCAGACAGCGGCGGCAACGGGAGGGUGUGUCGGAUUCCAGACGUGACGGCGUCAAAUGCAAGCACGGGCGGCACCUUUUUCAACACGAGCGAUCCCAACCAGCCAAGCAGCAGCGGCGGCGGAGGGGCAGACGACAGCGGCAGCGAUAGCAGUGCGGUGCACCUGAGCAGCACGCCGACAAUGGCGGCCGUGUUGCUGUCGAUGGUGGUGCUGAUGGUAUACUCGUGA